AUGAACGGCUACGGCUCCCCGUACCUCUACAUGGGCGGCCCCGUGUCGCAGCCGCCGCGGGCGCCGCUGCAGCGGACGCCUAAAUGCGCCCGGUGCCGCAACCACGGCGUGCUGUCCUGGCUGAAGGGCCACAAGCGCUACUGCCGCUUCAAAGACUGCACCUGCGAGAAGUGCAUCCUCAUCAUCGAGCGGCAGCGGGUGAUGGCCGCGCAGGUGGCCCUGCGCCGGCAACAGGCCAACGAGAGCCUGGAGAGCCUCCUCCCGGACUCGCUGCGCUCCCUCCCGGGGCCGCCGGGCAGCGCCGAGCCCUCCGCCGCCCCUCCGGGGCCGCCGCCCUGCGCCGGGCCGCAGCGGGCUCCUGCUGAGCUGGCAGCCGCCGCCGCGCUGCGCUGGGCCACCGAGCCGCCCCCCGCGCUGCUGGGGCCGCUCCCCAAGGCAGACAUCAGCGAGGAGCGGUUGGGCGAUGCCAGUGGAACAGACAAUGCUGAGACCUACAGUGACAAAGACACAGACCAAAGGAGCUCCCCAGACAUGACUAAAGCCAAAACCUGCUUCACUCCUGAAAGCCCAGAAAUUGUAUCAGUGGAUGAGGUUGGUUAUGCAGUGCAGAAAAAUGGUGGGAGCACAGAGAGCCGUCCAGAGAGCCCCAAGUACCAUGCAGAGCAGAACCACCUCCUGAUAGAAGGUCCUUCUGGGACAGUUUCUUUACCUUUUAGCUUGAAGGCCAACAGACCUCCACUGGAAGUGCUGAAAAAGAUCUUCCCUAACCAGAAGCCGACCGUGCUGGAGUUGAUCCUGAAGGGAUGUGGUGGUGACCUGGUGAGCGCUGUUGAGGUUCUCCUGUCCAGUCGGUCUUCAGUGGCCAGCGGGGAGAGAACUUCUGCAGAGUCAGAUGGUCUAGUUCUGCCUUCCAGCGGGCACAUUUUUGAACACACGCUGAGUUCCUAUCCUAUUUCCUCUUCCAAGUGGUCUGUGGGCUCGGCCUUCAGGGUCCCCGACACGCUGAGGUUCUCUGCCGAUUCCAGCAAUGUUGUGCCCAAUCCUCUGGCCGUACCUUUGCAGCACCCAUUCCCUCAGCCACCUCGCUACCCGCUGAUGCUGAGGAACACUUUGGCAAGAAACCAGUCCAGUCCUUUCCUGCCUAAUGACGUCACCCUGUGGAACACCAUGACGCUGCAGCAGCAGUACCAGCUGCGGUCCCAGUACGUCAGUCCUUUCUCUAGCAACUCGGCCAGCGUCUUCCGAAGCUCUCCUGUCCUUCCUUCUCGCUCAUCGGAAGAUCCUAGGAUCUCAAUCCCUGAUGAUGGAUGUCCUAUUGUGUCUAAGCAACCUCUUUACACAGAAGAUGAGUAUGAUGAAAGGUCUGAUUCUUCAGACUCGAGAAUACUCAACACAUCUUCAUAG